GCACAAUAUAAGGUCACGCCCGGCCCUAAGGCUAAGCACUUCACAACCCACAAAAUAACACAGAUCAGAUCAUACACACCGCCGGCCCGUGGAUCACUUCACUCCAUCGCUGUUCCAUCCACUGUUGUUCUCUUUGAAAGCUGCCAGUUCGUUGGUAAUGGGGCGCCGCAGCAGCAACGCCAGCAAAGCCGAGGCCGGCGGCGAGCAGCACCGCAAGGAGGAGAAGCAUCACAAGCACAUGGAGCAGCUCGCCCAGCUCGGCGCCGUCGCAGCCGGAGCGUACGCGCUGCACGAGAAGCACAAGGCGAAGAAGGACCCGGAGAAUGCCCGGUCGCACAGGAUCAAGGAGGAGAUCGCAGCCACGGUCGCCGUUGGUAGCGCCGGUUUCGCCUUCCAUGAGCACCACAAGAAGAAAGACGCCAAGAAUCAGGGCCACCAUUGAUCUUGGCACACAUAUAUAUAGCAUGUAUAGGCGGCAGCAGUCUAGCUACUUAUACGGUUACGAGGUUUCCAUUGUUGUUUU